AUGGUAACUCGUGGAGCUUCCUCUAAGAAGACCCCUGCUACUCAAUCCAGAAAGAUGCCCUCUCCGUCGCCCCCUCCAUCUGUGUCAACAACGCCUCCAUCUGCUCCAGCACUAGCGGCAUCUGUUGGGAAAACUCCCAAAUCCAAGGCGCUCAAGAAGGUGUUCUCCCUCUCUACUGAACACCCCAUGGUGUUUCCAGAUAUCACGGCUGAUAUUGUCAAUGUCGCACCACCAUCUGAAGUGGUGGUGCCCUCUCGAGCCAAGAACCUAUCUCCUUUUCCUAUUGAAUCGUCUCUGGCGGCUAGGGCAAAAUCCAAAUCUGUUUCAUCCUCUUCCAAAGUUGCUGCUGCUGGGUUACUCAAGCUUCCCAUGAAGCCGAGCCAGUCCAAGAAAAGCUCUGUGGUUCCCAAAAGGAAAUUGGGGUUGGACUCGUCUUCAUCUCCUUUGACUGCUGCCAAGAAAAGAUUGAAGGCUCAUCCCCCUUCUCCGUCUUCCUCUGAAUCUGAACCAGAGGAAGCGAAAUCUGAGUCUAAAGAAACCCAUGAUACCACUUUAUCUGAUGAAUCUGUUCCUGACAAUGCUAAAUCAGAGGCUGAGUCUGAUGAGCCAAAACAAGAAAACGUUGUUCCUACUGAACAAGAAGCCGAAUCUGACAUAGAGCUAGUUGCAACUCCAUUGUCAUCCAAGGCUAAAGGCAAGAGACCUAUUUCUGAUUCUAGACCAUCUCCAAGACUCUCAGGUGUUAAUUUCAAACCUCAUUCUUCUAGUUUUUGUUAUAAUGACAAUGCUCGUGAUAUGGUUCUCUAUGAUCAAAGGAAAUUUCUCAUCGAGAGAAAUUAUGUCUUGAGUGAUCAUCGUCCUUAUGGUGUGCUAACAAUGCUUCAAGAUCGAAAAUGGAUAGUGUAUUUUAAGGGCCAUUGGUUCUCUUUUUCUCCGCAAGAUAUUGCACAGGCCUUGCAUCUUCCUCUUGACGUUGAGGAUGAUGAUGAUCUUGCCUCUCUUGACACGGAUGAGGUCAUCACUGAAUUAGUAGGGCAAAAAAUGGUAUGGCCACCUAAUACAGUCAUCUCGAUCACCAAUCUCACCUACACUUAUGCUGUUCUCCAUAAGUUUGUCACCACGAAUUGGAAACCAACUUCUCACACCGCAUUUAUCUCAUUUGACAUGGCUUCUUUUUUGUACAAAGUGGAGACUGGACUGGGUAUAGACUUGGCUAUGUUUAUCUAUGAUCAAAUCAUUGGAUUUCAAAAAGGUAAUAGGAAAAACUUGAAUCUUCCUUUUCCUCAAGUUAUUUAUGAAGUGUUGAGUAUGCAGAAAAAAGAUCUCAAGCGAGCUCAAGAAGAUUUGGAGGCUCCCACUACUGCUGCUUCCUACAAAGCCUCUGCUCCAACUACUGAAGCCGCUGAUGCUCCAUCAACCAUGAAAGCCAGGCCUCAAUCUCUGAAGUUUGCCUCUAAUGACAUUCCUCCUGAAUCCUCAUCUGUUCCCACAAAUUCAGGAUCUGUUACCACAGAACUAGCUGCAGUUCGAGCCUCUGUUGAUUCUUUGGCUGCUCGAGUGAUGAUGAUUGAAGGACUGCAACGUUCUAUUUUAGAUGCUGUCCAAACUUUGUCCUAG